AUGGGAGCCGGGGCAAGUACUCCCGCUGCAGAGCCUCCUGCAACAUGUCCAGUUGAUCACAAGACUCGUGAGAUCUGGCUACAGCAAAAUGGCAAAUCACCGCAUCCUUCGGACUCGGAGGCACCUGCCGAUCAGGGACAAAAACGCGCCAAAUUGCAACGACCACUAUCAACAGAUCGCGAAGUGAGCACGAUACCCCGAGCAGGUGACUUCAGCGCCGACAGCGCCUGCCCUGAGGCCAAGAAGGGAGCACCAUCUCCAUAUGCUGCCUCGCACGGCAGCCCGUCCAAUGCCGAAUCCGAGACAGGCCGUGACGAGGCUACCGGUAACUGGAUCUACCCAUCUGAGAAACAAUUUUUCGAAGCUUUGAUGCGCAAGGGCAACACCCCCGGAUCUACCGAAACCGCCUCGGAACUUGCGACCUCCGUGGCCUCGAUCAUUCCAAUUCACAACGCCGUCAAUGAACGCGCAUGGAACCAGAUCCUCGAAUGGGAGAAAAAGGGCCCCUCAACAGACCCCGGGAGCACGAAGUGCGGAGGACCCAAAUUAUAUUCCUUCCGCGGACUGGGUGUCGAUCCCCAGUAUCUGAGUCCGCGUGCGCGGAUCAAUGGAUGGCUUGGCUACCAACAUCCAUUUGAUCGACAUGACUGGGUUGUUGAACGGUGCGGAGGCGAGAAGAUCGAGUACGUUAUCGAUUUCUACCAGGGCAAGCCAGUAGGAAACAAUGGAAACUCGGGUCUGGCAGCCAAUGCCGGUCCCGGGAAGCUCAGUUUCUUCCUCGAUGUUCGGCCCAAGUUGAACACUUAUGAGGGUUGGAGGCUGAGGUUCAACCGCUUCACUGGCCUAUGA